CCAGGAGAUAGUAUUAAAACCCCACGACCAUGGGGUCUUCUAUGUACAGUGGUGAUACGACUAAAGCCCAUAUUUUCUCGUCUUCAUUCUUCAAAGGACAAGUAUCGGUCUCAUUUUCCGGCUGUAUGUAAACAACAUGACAGGCGUUUGUAACGAAUGCUCCCGUUUUCCUUACAUCUCAAUUCGUUCGCUGAAGAUCCAUCAGUGGGGCUCGGCAGCGCUGCUUGUCUCUCAUUUGAACCGUUCGGUCUAAUGGGAGUCGUGUAGCUUCAUUAUUAACACUCUGACGGUGGUGGUGAAUGGCAAAUAAUGCGUCUAAUCCAGUUUUUCCAAGACCAUUGUUUUGUGCAAUGUGAGCUUGAUCGACUCUGCUGUGUCGUUACGUGUUGAGAGGAGGGAGGAUCUUCCCCAUCAUUGUUGAAUUACGCUUUGGGCUUAACGCUUCGGUCUUCCGUCAUUUGGAAACCAUUUGGAUGUGAUACCAAAUAAAGCCAGAAACCUGGACCUGGACCUGGGGAGACAGUGGGCCUGGGGAGACAGUGCAGACUUUUGUGUAAUUUGUAUAAAGACAUUUUUAUCUCCAUAUUUUAGAGACCCCGGAGUGUGCAUAUCAAAAGCGUAGCUGAGGGACCAUUGAAGAAGAAAGGGGGGAGACGAGGAGAUUACGAGGUAACGCCAGGGGUGGGGAAAAUGCUGCCUUCGCAAGAAGCCUCCAAGAUUUACCAUGACAACUACAUGCGGAAUUCGCGGGCCAUUGGGGUUCUGUGGGCUAUUUUCACCAUAUGUUUGGCCAUUAUUAACGUGGUGGUGUUCAUUCAGCCCUACUGGAUUGGGGACAGCGUGAACACCCCACACGCCGGCUACUUCGGCUUGUUCCACUACUGCGUGGGCACUGGGAACUCCAACCGGGAGCUCACCUGCCAAGGAACCUUCGCCGAAUUCAGCAGCAUCCCUUCGAGCGCAUUUAAAGCGGCAACCUUCUUCGUGUUGCUGUCCAUGGUUCUGAUAUUGGGAUGCAUCGCAUGCUUCAUCCUCUUCUUCUUCUGCAACACCGCCACUGUCUACAAGACCUGCGCUUGGAUGCAGCUGCUAUGUGCCGUGUGUUUGAUCCUGGGCUGUAUGAUCUUUCCGGAUGGCUGGGACUCGGAAGUGGUGCGCGACAUGUGUGGCGAGGAGACAGGGAAGUACACGCUGGGGAACUGCUCGGUGCGCUGGGCCUACAUGCUGGCUAUCGUUGGCAUCAUGGACGCCCUCAUCCUCUCCUUCCUGGCCUUCGUGCUGGGCAACCGGCAGAACGACUUCCAGCUGGAGGAGCAGCUUAAACCAGAACAAAAAGAUUUUGCAGUGUCCAGGAUUGAAAUCCGGGAGACCAAGGAUCCACGAUACGGAGUCCAACGGUUCCACUGA